AGAUCCGAGAGGCCUUCAAAGUCUUUGACCGCGACGGCAACGGCUUCAUCUCCAAGCAGGAGCUGGGCACGGCCAUGCGCUCGCUGGGCUACAUGCCCAAUGAGGUGGAGCUGGAAGUCAUCAUCCAGCGGCUGGACAUGGACGGUGACGGCCAAGUGGACUUUGAGGAGUUUGUGACCCUCCUGGGACCCAAGCUCUCCACCAUGGGGAUCCCGGAGAGGUUCCAUGGCACCGACUUCGACACCGUCUUCUGGAAGUGCGACAUGCAGAAGCUGACCGUGGACGAGCUGAAGCGGCUGCUCUACGACACCUUCUGUGAGCACCUGUCCAUGAAGGACAUCGAGAACAUCAUCAUGACGGAGGAGGAGAGCCACCUGGGCACGGCCGAGUGCCCCGUGGAUGUGGAGACCUGCUCCAACCAGCAGAUACGCCAGACGUGCGUGCGCAAGAGUCUGAUCUGCGCCUUCGCCAUCGCCUUCAUCAUCAGCGUCAUGCUCAUCGCGGCCAACCAGGUGCUGCGCAGCGGCAUGAAGUAGGCGCCGCCUGGACGCCUCCGCUGGCCCCUCCACACCCACCACCGCCUGCAGUCCUUUCCCGCAGCCGCUCCCCGGGCCUCCACCGCCUCCUGUACUUCAGGGCCUGGAUGUCCGGCAACCCCGCCCGCCCUUGCAUGGGGCUGUGGCCCAGCUGUGGAGGGCCUGGGGGCGGCUCUGAGGACGGCCUCCAGCCCUGCCAGCACCCUGCCCCUGCCUCACCCACCCUGGCCUGUAUGUAGCACUAACUCUUCCCCUGUCCAGGGGCUCCUGGGAAGUGAAGGAGGAAUUGGCACAGGGGCCCAGGAGCUACUGUGGCCCCUCAGGCAGGAAGGGGCCCCGGUGCCUGGGGCCAACAGCUAGCCUGACCCUGGUCCCUGAGGUUUGGG